AUGACCGUCAACCGCAGCGAGUACAGCGCCAAGGCUGGCGAACGCUACGAUGUCGUCAAGCCGAAGGAGUCGGACUUGUUGAGGGGAGACGGCCACUUCGAAGGCCAGACCCAGAAUCAGAAGGACUUCCAAGCAGGACGAGGCGAUCGCUAUGAUGCUGUGAAGCCUGGAGCAUCAGACAUCUGGAACAAGGAAGGCGGCGUCGAGCAGAUGACCGUCAACCGCAGCGAGUACAGCGCCAAGGCCGGCGAACGCUACGAUGUCGUCAAGCCGAAGGAGUCGGACUUGUUGAGGGGAGACGGCCACUUCGAAGGCCAGACCCAGAAUCAGAAGGACUUCCAAGCAGGACGAGGCGAUCGCUAUGAUGCUGUGAAGCCUGGAGCAUCAGACAUCUGGAACAAGGAAGGCGGAGUCGAGCAGAUGACCGUCAACCGCAGCGAGUACAGCGCCAAGGCUGGCGAACGCUACGAUGUCGUCAAGCCGAAGGAGUCGGACUUGUUGAGGGAGACGGCCACUUCGAAGGCCAGACCCAGAAUCAGAAGGACUUCCAAGCAGGACGAGGCGAUCGCUAUGAUGCUG